AUGCCUAAUCCAUGGUAUGACUCACAAAAGUACGGAGUCUGUGGCCGACCCUCCAGUCCCCGGAAUGGACCGUAUGAUUGGAAUCCCUUUAUCGCUGAAGUGACGACAACCUGUACGGACAUACAGAAAGGUAUGACCGCUGUUGAGAAGGAUAUUCAAGAUCACCCGGAGCGCCGACAACAGCACUUGGAACAAGUGGAUCAGAUGAUUGACAGGAUUAUCGAGAUCCAGGACAUGAUUGACUACGAGCACCAGUAUAUCGAUCAGCUGACCGAUGACCAGCGAAAGACCCUGGAGUCAUACAAAAACCUAUCACUCAGACUGCAUCAGGAGUUAUCUGAGCUACGCAAGAAAAUAUGAAAUUAAAAAAUUUAUUUAUGAAUCAUUAUAAAAUUGUUAUUUAAUUUUCAUUUAUAAAAUAUUUAUUACAAUAAAUUCCUUUAAAAAUUAA